ACCUGAGCACUGCCUCCCCUCCCCUCCCCUCCCCCCUUCCCUUCGGCCUCUCCGCCUCUCCUCUGGUACAGCCGCGAGCCGAGCGCCUCCCGCCGAUCGUUCCUCUGCUCUUCACGCUUUCCUGGUUCUGGCUGCUUGUUUGCUCUUCUCCGCCUCUUCCUCUGGUCCUCGUCGCUGCGUCCGCUGGUCCAGAGUGUUGUCCGGUGCUGCUCCUCGCCCCGUCCUCUGUCUCUGCAGGGACUUCUAAUGUUUUGAUUUGGGAUCCUAUCAAUUGGACUGAUGGUGACUUCAAUUGUUUAAGGAUUUUGGUAGCCCAAUCAUACUUCAUCCUGAAUUUGGUAUAAGGGCAAGUCUAUAUAGAGGAUAUUCUUACUUGUGUAAUUGCUGUAAGACGUUAAAGAAUGGUUGGAAAUUCAUUAGUUUCAGUAUCAACAUGUCCUGUGGUGUUAUCUUCUUCGUUGAUUAUUGUUCCCCGUGGUUCUUCAAAAUUCUUGCCAUAUCUUCCAUCGAGGCAGCGAAAGCAACUCAUGCAGGUAAGUGCUAUGUCAGCAGAUGCUGGACAAGGCCCAGCUUCUUCUUCUUCUUCGGAGAAAAAGAAUCCACUUGCCGCUGUUUUAGAGGUUCCUCAAAGUAUUUGGAAACAAACAUUGAAGCCAUUGAGUGAUUUUGGGUUUGGAAGGAGAAGCAUUUGGGAAGGUGGGGUGGGUUUAUUUCUUGUGUCAGGUGCAGUCCUCCUUGCACUUAGUUUGGCUUGGUUGCGGGGGUUCGAGUUGCGUUCUAAAUUCAGGAAGUAUGUGGCAGUUUUUGAGUUUGCUCAAGCUUGUGGUAUUUGCACAGGAACCCCAGUUAGGAUUAGAGGGGUAACUGUUGGCAAUGUCAUCCAAGUUAAUCCUUCCUUGAGAAGUAUUGAAGCAGUUGUCGAGGUUGAAGAUGAUAAAAUAAUAAUACCUAGAAAUUCGCUGGUUGAGGUGAACCAGUCAGGUUUUCUCAUGGAAACAUUGAUUGAUAUUACACCUAAGGAUCCAAUUCCUUCACCGUCUGUGGGACCUCUUGAUGCUGAAUGUGUCAAAGAAGGUUUGAUUGUAUGUGAUAGGCAGAGGAUAAAGGGUCAUCAAGGGGUUAGUUUGGAUGCAUUGGUUGGGAUAUUCACCCGUCUCGGACGUGAAAUGGAAGAAAUUGGUGUUGCUAAAAGCUAUUCAUUGGCUGAGCGUGUUGCUGCUAUUAUUGAAGAGGCAAAGCCACUGCUCCUAAAGAUAGAGGAAAUGGCUGAAGAUGUUCAACCUUUGCUAUCUGAGGUUCGUGCCAGCGGUCUUCUUAAGGAAGUUGAGACUUUAACCAAAAGCCUAACACAAGCGUCAGAAGAUCUGAGAAGGACACAUACAGCAAUUUUGACCCCAGAGAACACUGAGCUGAUUCAAAAGUCCUUAUACAGUCUGAUAUUUACUUUGAAAAACAUUGAGAAUAUAAGCUCUGAUAUUCUGGGAUUCACGGGUGAUGAGGCUCUGAGACAGAAUUUGAAAGCACUUAUCAAGUCUCUUAGUAGGAUGUUAUGAAGACAAGUAAAAGAUCCCGUUCUGGAUCUUCCAGAUCUUGAUUUAAGGUACUUAUUGCAUUCUUUUUAAUCAAGUUUUGUUGGACGUUUAGAGAAGCUUUUCAAAUGAAGCUCCCUCUGUUAUAGAAAACCUGUGAUUAGUGUUUUGAAUACUUGAAAAAGCUUCGGUUGCCCAUGGGAUGUGAUUUUCCCAGCAAAAAAUAGUUCCAUUGUCAUUUAACGUUUUUAACUCUGUACAUCAUUUUUUAUGGUAAAAUGGAGCAAUUGUUUUUAUUUUA